CCUGACACAGGUGUUACACGUCACUACAACUUUACCAUCACACGGGAUAUCACCGCCCCAGAUGGCUACCAGAAGAGCGGCAUCCUCAUCAACGGGCAAUUUCCCGGCCCAUUAAUCGAAGCCAACUGGGGCGACAUGAUCUUCGUCACCGUCAACAACAUGAUCACGACCGACACAGCAGAAGGCUUGACCCUGCACUGGCAUGGACUCACACAAGCCAAGACUCCCUGGGAAGACGGAGUCCCCGGCAUCACCCAGUGCCCUAUCGCCCCCGGAGGAAGCUUCACUUACACCUUCCAAGCCGACCAGUACGGCACCAGCUGGUACCAUUCCCACUACAGCGCCCAGUACACCGAUGGUGCAUACGGGCCCAUGAUCAUCCACGGCCCUGUCCAGCCCGAAGCCACCUACGACUAUGACCUAGGGCCCGUCAUCAUCUCCGACUACAGCCAUUUGAGCUACUUCGAAGUCCUAGAAAGCAUCUUCUCCAUCCCCCCGGUCUUCCCCAACGUCGACAACAACCUGAUCAACGGCCGCGGCGCCUACAACUGCAACAGCAGCUCCACUACCACCUGCAGCCCCAGCUCCAGCCUAUCCCGCUUCAACUUCUCCUCCGGCAAAACCCAUCGUCUCCGACUAAUGAAUACGGGUUCCAACGCGAACCAGAAAUUCACCAUCGACAACCAUACCAUGACCGUGAUCGCCAACGACUUCGUCCCCGUACACCCCUACACCACCGACGUCGUCACCCUCGGUGUCGGCCAGCGCACCGACGUAAUAGUAACAGCCACCGGCAACCCAACAGACUCAUACUGGAUGCGCGCCUCCAUCGACAUGACCUGCCUCAACGCCACAGCCAGCAUCCCCACAGUCAAAGCCGCCAUCUACUACGAACACGCCGACACAGCAACCUGGCCAGCCACCACCACCACAACAACCUGGGAAAGCAACAACUGCGCCAACGACCCCCUCAACCUCACAGUCCCUUACUACCCCCAAACACCCCCAUCUACACCCGCCGCCACCCAAACCAUCGAAAUCACCCUCGCCCAAAACACCACCGGCCACACCUUAUUCUACAUCAACAACUCCACCUUCCGCUCAGACUACAACACCCCUCUCCUCCUCCUGGGAAAAUCCGGUAAUUUCUCAGACCCAGACCCAGACCUGAACGCCUACAACUUCGGCUCUAAUUCCUCCGUUCGUCUCAUCAUCUACAAUCUCUUCUCCAUGCAGCACCCGCUGCACCUCCACGGCCAUAACUACUGGGUGCUAGCCCAGGGAAGAGGGACCUGGGAUGGAGUCGUCACUAAUCCUAUAAACCCUCAACGUCGCGAUACACAGAUCGUCCAGCCAGGUACGGAGGAUAGUCCCGCGUAUGUGGUGCUUGAAUGGCAGGCGAAUAAUCCCGGUGUUUGGCCGCUUCAUUGUCAUAUGUCGUGGCAUGUUAGUGUGGGUUUGCUUUUGAAUGUGGUUGAACGACCCGAGGAUAUUGAAAGACUUGCUAUUCCGGAGUCUAUGGCGCAGACGUGUCGGGAUUGGACGGCUUUUAGUAAUCGGGGUUUUGUGGAUGAGAUUGAUUCGGGGGUGUGA